AUGGCCGGUGCGGGAGCGGCGGCGCGGCUGCGCGGGGGCGGCGCCGAGGUGGAGGCGCCCAAGCCGCCGGAGGCGAAGAAGAAGAAGGAGCCCAAGGAGCCCAAGGAGUCCCGGAAGAAGCACCUCAAAGACUCGAAAGACCUGAAGGAGGUGAAAGACUCCUGGGGGAAAGUCGAUGAGCUCGAUGACCGCCAGAAGCACGACAUGGCGCUGUUGGGGAAGCAGACCGAUGUUCUCCGCAGCACCAGGGAGCCCAAGAAGAAACGCCGUUCCGAGAAGGCCCAGCUAGAUCCGUCCAUUCGUGAGAUUCUUGAGAAGUACGGAGAAGUUGGUGAGGGCUCUGAGAGCCCGUCCCUCCAGAUGCAGCAAGCACUCAAGGAGUUGGCAAGGCAGUUCGCCUUGAUGCAAGAGCGCGCCGAGGCUGCUGAGGAGGCCACGGCAUCCGUUCAGGCGCAGCUGGAGACCGAGUCCGCCUCCUGCCAGAAGCUCGACCAGGAGAGGCUCCUAGCCAUGCAGCGCGUCGAGGAGCUGGAGUUGCAAGCCCUGGACGCCCAGGCCAAGCAGGCCGCCCAGGCCGCCCAGGCCCAGGCUGCCCAGGCCAAGGCGUGCAAGGAGAAGGGGAGCUUCGAGGCAAAGGAGGGGCGGCACCGGGAGCUGGAGGCCUUGCUGAAGGAGGCGAUCCUGCGGGGUGCGAGGCUGAACCGGCUCCAGGCCGCCGCGGCGGCCGCCCAGGGCGAGGCGGAGCGGAGGGCGGAGCUCCUGCAGCGGCAGCUCGCGCGCCUGCAGCGCAGGGCGCAGCGCGACAAGGCGCAGCGGCUGCGGCUGGAGGCGGCGCUCCGGGGCGCCGAGCGCCGCGGCGACCGGGCGGAGGCGCGGCUCGGGGAAGCGCUGAGGGCCGCGGCCGAGGGCGGCGCUUCGAAAGUGCUCGAGGCCCAUGUGCAGCACCUGGCAGCUGCCGGCACUAGCCUGGCAGCCAAGGUGGAUGAACAGGCCGAGAUCAUCGACGUGCUCCGCAGCCUGCUGCAAGACCACAAGGACUUCAUUCGGCAGCAGCUGGGCACCGAACUCGCCCUGCCCGACCGCGAUGCCGAGGAGGUUGACGAGGCCGAUCAGGCCGAUCAGGCCGAGGAGGAGGAGUCGGCGAGUUCGGGCGAGUCUGAGUCGGUGCCGAAGGCAUAG